CGCCGAAGCCGCUGUAAACACAAUCACAUGUGUUGUCAAGUGUCCCUGCAGGAUAGCGGAUGCUGUGUUGCUCCAGUGCUGCUGUUAUUCGUCUGUUGUUGCCCCUCAACCCCGCCAGUAUGGGAUCUUAUACUUGAAACAAGAUGAACAACAAAAGGCAAAGUACCACAGAAGCUGUGGCCAGCAGUGUGCUCAGCCCAUCCCCUCAUUCAGGCCCCACCCAUACUUCCUACCAACCUGUGCACCAUGCUAGUAGCCAAGUAUCAGGAGCACAAGAGAAGAACACUUCUGUACGGCCACAAAUAGAUACUUCAAAGUCAAAUCAAAUCAACUUUGCUGGUUUGCUUCACAUGGUGCCCUCAUCUGACACAGCAGGAGUCUAUACGUGUAGUACUUCAUUCCAGCAGAUCCUGAAUUUCAACACGAGUUUGGUCCAUUACCAGAGGAGUCAAGGGCCUGCUUCAGGCUACCCAACUGGACCAGGAUGUCUCCUCCCAUCAGGUUUGCCACAGCUUCCAUCAACUCCAGGUUUCCUUACUGGAGCUGGCUACCACUUGCCACUCACCGAGGCUUCACUACUUGGUAGCCAGAGAUUUGCCAUGUGUGCAUUGUUGCCUCCAGGCCAGACAGGGACACCCCUUCAUUUUGCAGCUAUUGUGGGGGACAAGCAGAAACUAGCUGUUGCUCUACAAGAUAAGAAUGUUAAUCUGGAAGCCCGGGAUCGAUGGGGGCGUGUUGCAUUGGUGUUUGCAGUGUUGGGGAACCAUCAGGAAUGCGUGGAACUGCUGCUACAUGCUGGGGCAAAGCCUGAUGCUACAGACUCUCACAGAUGCACUCCUCUACAUUUUGCUGCAUAUAAAGGUCAUCUUGGCUGCAUCAAAUCCAUCCUUCAUACAGUAGAGAGCAAAAACAUUUCAAAUUCGGAACAUUCCAAUGGUGUGUGGCUAGCUCAGGAUGUGAAAGGUGUAACUCCACUCCACCAUGCAGCCAGUCACAGCAAUCACAAAUGCCUUCAAGCUCUCCUGAAACACACAGUGGCUGGUACAUUGGACACAGAGGACCACAAAAAGAGAACCCCUCUUCACUGGGCAGCAGCAUAUGGAUCUCAGGAAAAUGUACGCCUUCUCAUAAAACAUGGAGCUAACAAUCUAAUGCCUGACCAAGAAGGCAAGACUCCUCUACACUGGGCAGCCAUGAGCAAAGCCGAUGGAGCCAGAGAUUGCGUGCGGACACUAAUUGGUGCAGCUCCAUCCAAUGUCAACUGGCAAGACUUUGACGGCACAACAGCUCUGCAUAUAGCUGUGGCAGAGGCUAGAAAGGAAACUGUGGACGUCAUUCUGUCUGUCCAGAAUUGUAAUGUAAAUUUGACAGACAAUCAGUUUAGGACUGCUUUGCAUUGGGCAUGUAACAGGGGAGUGAGUGCCAUUGCUGCUCACCUGAUGAAACGUGUUGCUCAAGUUGAUGCUGUUGAUAGUUAUGGAGCCACACCUUUGCACUAUGCAGCCAAACACAAUCAUGCAGAUAUUGUGGAACUGCUAGUACGAUGGCCACGGGUGAAGGAUAUUCCUACUCUGGAUGGCCACACCUCCCUGAUGUGGGCUGCAGCUCAGGGUGCUGACUCUGCCCUCACAGUGAUGGUAAGGCAUGGAGUUCUGCUCACCCAGGCAGACCCUAGGGGAUGCACUGCCUUACACAUUGCUGCAGAGGCUGGACAUGUCUCCACAGUCAGGGUGCUUCUCCGUCUUCAGGCUCCACCAGAUGCAUGUGCAAAUGAUGGAAGAACACCUGUGCAUUAUGCUGCCCGAGCUGGACACACACAGAUAGUGAAAGUAUUGGCAAAGGCUGGAGCAUCUCUGGAACACAGAGACAAAGAGGGCCAGUGUGCCCUCCACCAUGCAGUUCUUGGUGGUCAUCUGUUUCUGGCCCAGAUCCUGAUCAGAGCUGGUACAUCAGUUAAUGUGCAAGAUUACUAUGGCCGGCCGCCACUCCACAUGGCAGCUUACAGAGGCCUCAGUGACAUCAUGUGUCUCUUGCUGGAGAAUCGUGGUGAUGUGAAUGCCAGGGAUUUUGAGGGGUUGAGUGCUCUUCACUGGGCAGCUGAGCAAGGUCACUUGGGUGCAGUCAACACACUUCUGGUCUUCAAUGCUUAUCCCAACUACACUCAAUCCACCUCCAACCGAUACACUCCAUAUGACUGUGCCUGUAUUGCUGAACACUUGGAAGUGGCACAAGUUUUGUCAGAAGCAGGAGGAAUCUCAGUGACCAGAAUAAUGGAGGUGGCUGCAAUAAAGAUACAAUCAGUGGUGCGUGGCUACCUAACACGCGGCAAGUUAGGAAGGAAGCAGAGGCUCUUGCUGCAUCAAAAAGGCAAUGUGACCUCAGGUGAUAGGAUCAGAGGUUCAAGAAAGUCACCCAGUAGUCACAGCAAAGAUUUCAGUCCAAACAAGUGUUCUAGGGGUCAGGCAACACCUGAGACUGGUCACUCUGGCAAGCAGAAGGACUUACCAGUGACACCUGCUGUAGAGACAAAGCUGGCCUCACUGAAAAAGGAGGAAAAAGGACUUGCUUAUAAACUGAGCUUCCCACUGCAUUCUUCUACCUCUGAAUGUGGACCCUACAACUCUGUGUCAGGACAGCGUCGCUCCAAGGCCUUGUCCACUAGUAUCAUGAGAGGGGCUCGUAAAAAGACUCCACGCAACCUGGAACUCCCUGGACCAUAUAAAUUGGGGAUUAGCCAGCCCAGACUUCCUGGACCAUUAGAGGACUGUGAAGAUUCUGAUUUAGAAAUUGACAUUACUGAGGGAAUCAGGCCUUUCGUUACUGAAGUCUUGCACCAGUCUGGCAGUGUUGCUACUGCUAUCAUUACUGCAGGAGUGCACCCACACCAAACACAAGAGUCUGAUAUAGACUGUAGAAAGCAAUGGGAUUCCAGUCCUUUAUCAGUGAAAGAAAACCAUGCUACUGAACUUCAACAAAAUUGCUCUCAAACUGUUUCUGAUGGGAAGAAAAUAGCCAGACUUUGCUUUGAUACAGUUAACAAUAAAGAUGAUGAUAGUUCUUCAGACUUAUACUGCCAGAAAGAAGACACAUUUUCCAUAUGUAAAAAUCAGACUGAAAAAGAAAGUGAUCAAGAAAUAUUUAAGGAUCAUGCAAAGAGCUUUGAUGAAAUGUUAAGCCUUAAAGAUAACACUAAGCUUUAUAUCAAGGAAAGAAAGCAUGUUCUUAGAGAAAACAAAUUUAUAUCUCCUGAAAGUAUAAAUGACAGAAAAGCUGAUUUCAGAAAUACCAUCAGAGUACAGAAUGAAAGGAGAGUUUUCAGUGAAGAAGCUGUCAAGCAAGCAGGGCAAAAGUGGAGGAAUAAACUUGCCACAGUGACCAUACAAAGAGUGCAACCACCAAGCAGCACUAAAUCCAAAGUGUCCUCUUGCAACACAGUGAAACCACACAGCCUCACCCCAUUGCAGUCACCAGGUGGCAGUAAUGCCAUCAGCAACGAAACAAAGGAAGUCAGUGCUCGGUUACAGUAGUGUACCUGCCUCCCAUGUGAUAUUCUUUCUUGUCUCAAAGUCAAAGCUGUGUUACUGUGGUGCUAUAUGCAUAAGAAUAUACAAUUAUAUAUUUUUGUAUUAGAGCAAAGGGUAAUAUUUUGUAUUGUGACAAAUAUGUAAACUUAGUUCUAUUUAGUAUUUUGUUACAAAAAAAUUGUCCACACCAUACUGUAACCAAUGGUAUAAAACAAUUUAUUUACUUUUAUGCAUUUUAUUAUUAUUAGUAGUAAAUAGUUUAGAGAACAAACCAGAUUAUCACAAGGAUUUGUUACAAAAAUAUACCAUACCAUAACUAAAGGUAUAAAACAAUAUAUGUGGUUUUAAUACAUUUAAUAAUACUAAAUGGUUUAGAGAACAAACCAGAUUAUUACAAGGAUUUGAAAGAGAUAAAAAAUGAAAAAGGAGAGAAUUGGAGUGUGUAAAGAUAAACCAGAUCAUCUCCAUUGGAGAACUUGUAAGAACAAGCAGUAAAAUUUAAUUGAUAAAUUUUCAUUACUUUGCAUAAUUAUGCCCCUGUUAAAACUGAUAAAAACUAAUCAACUUAGUACAGAGAUUCACAUAUUUAGUACGGUAUUUUGCAUUAAUCAAUCCUUUUAGUCAUUCAAAACAUCUUUUGGAGAAACUAUUAAAGGAUAAAUAAGAAAAUAAACAGUUUGUAUAGUCUAUAUAUCUCAAGAAGAAUCUCCAAUGUGUUAUGUUUAUCUUCUUUAUCUUGUAGAAGUGGUGCAACCAAAAUCUUAGCUACAUUCACUUCAUGUUUAUUUUGUCCUGUAUCUCAAGGUGCUAAAGUUGUUUCCUCUUUAUCUUCCUCAGGUCUAUAACCUCUUCACUCUGGCCAACAGAAAAUGGUUCCUGGCACCAUAUCUGGGCUGGGUGUGGGUGGGGAAAGGCAUCUCUCUCUCUCUCUCUCUCUCUCUAAGAAUUUCAUAAUGGAUCCUUAAAAAGGGAUCUUAAGGUAUAUCCCUGCCAUGACCAGUACAGUAGUUUAUGGGAUUAGCAGUGGACCAUCAUGGCUGGAAGGGCCUCUCAACUUUACCAAGUAGAUCAAGUUGACCAAGGACUGAUCAUAAGUGGACCUGCAACCAUAAAAGUCGCUACACUCUCAGUGUGAGCUCAGAGCUCAUUAUUAACCCUUAAUGUUCGGUGAUCAUUUCGGGACAAUUGUAGCGUCGCGUGCGGAGAGGCAGGGAUCAUUCCGGGAAUCAUGAUUUUUCCACGCUAAAUGUUUGAAUCUCUCCCCCUCACUUUUGGUCCUGGGGCAAGUGGAGGUAUCUGGCAACUUUUCUCGCUCACCUCCUUGAACCUAGAGACAUAUGUUCCCACACAAUAGAUCAUCUUUUCCCAUUUGGAGGUGACAUCUGGCAACCCCCGUGACCCGGAGGCAGGAAACGGUACUCCGAGUGAUGUUGUGUCAUUUUUACUCAGUAGUGACAUUGAGGACAGUGAUUUUUUUAUUGAGAGAAGAAAGUGAAGACUGCAGUAGUGAUUCUGAUAGUGAUCUGGGAGACAGAGACUAACCCUCACAGUGACAUUCAUAAACCUCAUGUACUCCCGUCGAGCAAUGUGCUGGUGUGUGUCACCUAUGGUUGUCUCUAUAGGACUGUACUUGUCGGCCAAGUCAUGUGACUCCUAUUGCUAAUAAGAGUUGCCAGAUUCCAAUUAUUAUAAAAAUCCACAAUACUUGUAAUAUGUGGUUUCUUUUUCUUUUCCUGUUUUGCACAUCAUUUCAUAUAUCUGAGUUUGCAUUUUCAUGACAUGAAAGUGCAAAAGUUACUACUUUUACAUAAAAUUCAAAUGCCAGAAAGGAGAGAGAGAGAGAGCACGUGUGGUGUGUUAUCGGAGCUUUGGGGGUAUUUCUUAGCAGCGGGUUCUAUCACGGGUUCGGGGAGAAUUUUUUUAUAUGCAAGAACUUUGCUCUCAGAGGUUAUAACAUGUUAAAAACUACAUGGUUGUACUCAGAAUAACAAAGAGAAAUAUACUUUUAUAAGGAAAAAAUCUUUUAGCAUUUUUGACAAGUGUGAUUUUUCCCUGCUGCAACAGAUGGAAAGUAAAUCAGCUCCCCGUACUUUAAGGAUUAAAGGCCCAUUCACACUGAAAUUUUUUUUAGCUGGGGAAUAACUGGAGUGCUGAAUCAGAAAUGGGUGGUGAGUGGCCAAUCUGGGUGUAUAGGCAGGUGAUUUUCCAGCAAUUCUCAAGUUCUCAUUAAUUUGUGAUUAUGAGCAGCCAGAGGGGAAGCAGGUACACUGCAUUCGUGGAUGCCCCCACUGUCAAUGUAGCUCAAGAGGUUCUCUUAUGGACCAUUGGGGCAUCUGCUUCCACAAAAUUGAGGAAAAAGCAGAAAAAGAGGGAUCAAUGGUGCAAGGAAUGGCUUUGCAGGCAGAGUGAAAGAGGAAGUAACACGGCUGAAGUACAACCCUCUCUGCUGUUAAUAUGAGACUGUGAGAGCAAGGUGGGUACUGCUCACUGCCAAGAUGCUUUUAAAGCCAAGGACUCAAGACAGCCAGAGGAACAAAGGAGGAAGUGAGAGGCUGGUUUGAGGGGAAGAGGAGUCUUGUGGUGAUGGAGUAUGGAGGGAUUGUGUAGAGGAGUUUGUGGUGUGAUGGCAUUGUUUUGUGGUUCUGGAUCAGGUUGGUGUAUUGUGUAAGGUUUGUCAAGAGCUCUUUUCUGCAGAGUAUAGUAGUUGCGGAAUGGAAGUUUUCAUGGUGAGAAGCGGUGUUUGGGUGGUGGUUUGUGGUGUAUUGUGAUGGUGGAGUGGUGAUGUUUUGGAAGUAGUAAGGUGUUAUAUUGCACUGUAGAAAGUGUCUGGGGGAAAUAUGUACUUAUAGCGAGUAUAAAGAGUAUGAGGAGCUUUGCUGUAUGGUGAGAGAUUUCAUGUACAUUUAUAUAUAAGCAGAGUAUGUAAGUUUUGUAUUAUUAUUAGGAAUAUAUUUAGUCAUUUGUAUUAAUAUUUGUAUUGUUUGCCACCACACAACUAACAUUAACCCCUUCAAUACAAUGAUGCAUAUAUAUAGCAUCAUCAUGGCGUUCGUGACAUAUUCAAUGACACGCGUAUUGUGUCAUGGCUGCUUUCUGCUAAGAUGGUGUGUUUUCUUUCCCAGAUACUGUGUGAGAUCUCUCAUAGUGUAGGUUGUAUAUGAUAUGAUGGCAUACUUGACUUUCAUCAUUAUUACAAAGGUGUAUGACUCUCUUAUAUCAGGAUAAGUACUGAUGUGCCAUGCUAGAAAUAAAUAUUUUAUUUAGAAAUUUUUUUCAUGGUAUCAAUAGAUUAGCUUACCAAAAAAUUAAUGUUAAAAAAUUAAUGUUUACUCCUGUUUGUCAUCUUCAGAAAAUGGCCUUGAGAAGGCAGACCAUGACUUUUCUCAAAAAUGUGCAUAGGUUUAUUUCUUAUUGUGCGUACCUAUUAUGAAAAGUUACUUACCAUUAUUUCCGUAGUGGAGGAGAGAGAGAGAGAGAGAGAGCUGUCUUUGAGUCUGGUAUCUCCCCACCCCCCACCCAGCCCGAAUAUGGUGCCAGGAGUCAUUUUUUGUUGCCCAAAGUGAAAAAGUUAAGUGCAGGUACCAAGGUGGAGAGUGUUGCCAAGGUAAGGUUAAAGGAGAGAUAAUUUUUCUGAUGUACUACUGCCUUGGAUAGGUUGAGUGGGUAACUUAGUACCCUUAAAAUCUAGACCUUUAAAACAUUUUAGAACUAGUGUGCUAUCCACUCUCUUGGAAGGCAAACCAGGAUGUGACAUGAAUAUGCGAGCCUUUGUGGGAUUUGGUCACCACAUAAUAAAAAAAGAUACAAGGAAGAUGAAAAGGAUUCAAAGAGCUGCAACCAUACUGUUUCCAAGUUUGAGAGACCUAACUUAUGAGGACAGAUUAAAGAUAUUAAAACUUCCAACAUUGCAACAGAGGAGAGAA